CAUAAGUAAUGUUUACAAUAUAUUUUCAGAUACCGUUUUACUUACAUAAACGUAGGAAGUCCCGGGCGAUGUAAUGACUCUCAAAUUUAUGAGACGUCAUCACUUAAAAAAGAAAUGGAUAGUUGUCCUUUACUAAGCGAAAUGUCUAGAGAAAUUUCAGGCGUAAAUGUGCCAGUAUUCAUUAUUGGGGAUUCGGCUUUUCGAUUUAGCAAACAACUAAUGAAACCGUAUUCAUUUAGCGAAAAUCAAAAUAAUGGUGAGAAGGUAUUCAACUACGCUCUUUCGAAAACACGUAGAGUUGUCGAAAAUGCUUUUGGACACCUCAAGGCCCGCUUUCGACGCAUCGGAAAAGGAAUUGACAACUCUGUACGGAAUGCCAACUCCAUAAUAAAAGCAUGUUGCGUCCUUCACAAUUUUUUAAAUGAUAACAACGACACGCUAAACGCUAAAUGGUUACGCGCUUUGGAAGAGUUGGAGACUAGACGCCAGAAUCCGUGUGAUAUUUCAUAUGCAUCUGACGACCAAAUUAAUGGAGAAAUGAUUCGUACAGCACUUUGUACAUAUUUUGAAAAUACUUAUAUUCAUUAA